GGCCGGGCCGUGCUCGGCGCUGCAGGCGCGGCCGGGCGGCGCCGGGGCGGCUGCUGUGCCGGGGGGUGAUAAGCGGCCGCGGGCGGUGGGCAGGCUCGGAGCGGCUCCGGCGCCUUCCUCCUCCUCCUCCUCCUCCUCCUCCGCCGCCUGACGUCAGCCCGCGGGUCCCGCUCAGUCGCGGGCGGCGAGCAUGGCUGGGGGGCGGCGGGCGGCGGCGCUCGCCCUGCGCUGGGGCUGCUGCUGCCUCCUGCUCUGCUGCGCUGCCGCCAGCAAGGUGGAGGUCUCCAUGCCGCCGGUGGUGGAAGUGGCAUUUGGGGACACAGCCAGGAUUGAGUGCAACUUCUCCAUCCCCGGGAAUGGUUCCUACACCUCCAUCAACUGGUCCUACAUGGACCGCCACGGCCGGGUGAAGCUGUGCUCCGUGGUGGGCGACGAGCUCCUGGAGGAGAGCGCGGACUACAAGGGGCGGCUGUCGGUGGGCAAGGACCACGCGCUCUCCAUCGGCCGCGUCACCGUGCAGGACGCCAGGACCAUCGUGUGCCAGGUCGGGGCGGGCAGCCACGGCACCGGCGAGAACCGCACCGAGCUCCGCGUCUACAAAAUCCCUGAGGCCCCCGAGAUCACGGCCAGCAGAGGCGGCAUCUCCGUGCUGAGCAGGGACAUCCCGCAGAUUGCCUCGUGCGUGAGCAGGAACAGCAUCUUGCCCCCCAACAUCACCUGGCACAAAAAUGGGGAGCAGCUGCAGGCGGAGGAGAACAAAGUGAAAAUCCAGGAGACGGUGACCCGCGAGUCCAGCUGGCUGUACACGGUGAGCAGCAGCCUCUUCGCCUACGUCACGCGGGAGGACCGCGACUCCCGCUACCACUGCACCGUGCACUACUGGCUCCGGGGGCAGAGGCGCGCCAUGGAGUCGGCGCGCGUCAACGUCACCGUCUUCUACCCCACGCAGCACGUGGCGCUGCAGGUCUUGCCCUCCCCGGCGCUGGUGAAGGAGGGGGACGACGUGAAGCUGGUCUGCGAGGCUGAUGGGAACCCCGCGCCCGUCUUCAGCUUCUACAAGAGAGAGCUGGAGGACAACUGGCAGGACCUGACGUCGCUAGCGGACACCACCAGCGGGGUGCUGAACCUGCAGGAUGUGAAGAAGAGCAGCAGCGGCCUGUACCGGUGCCAGACCCUUGACCUGGAUGACAUGAAGCAGAUGGAGGACGACGUGGAGCUUGUUGUGAACUAUAUUGAAGGGGUCAGUGUCAAGAUGGAGCCAUCCUCGCCCGUCGGGGAAGGGGACAGCGUGAGGCUGAGCUGCAAUGCCGACAGCCCCGUGGCCCUGGACUUCCAGUGGAGGGACGCAAAGGGCAGGAAGGUUGCAGAAGGGAAACAGCUUCUCCUGAGCAACCUCACCUUCGAAACCUCCAGCAACUUCAGCUGCAAGGUGACCGCGCACAGCGUGCCGGGGCUGGAGAAGAGCAAGCAGGUGGCUGUGCCCGUUGAGGGGAAGCCGCGGAUCGUGUCCAUCAGCUCGCCGCUCUACGUGCGGCAGGACGAGGUGGUGAACCUGACCUGCAAGGCCAUCGCUUUCCCCCGGCCCUCCGUGCAGUGGAACAUCAACGGGACGGCUCACGAGUACGUGGAGAAUCAGCACAUUGCCAGCAACCUGACAGUGCGCGUGGACCACAACCUGCUGCGAGCAGGAGCCCUGUGCAGGGUCACCAAUGCGCUGGGCACCAGCGAGAAGCACAUCCAGCUGCUCGAUCGCAAGAUGCCGGAGAGCAAAGGCGUGAUCAUCGUUGCCAUCAUCGUCUGCAUCCUCUUGGUGGCCGUGCUGGGGUCUGUCAUCUACUUCUUGCACAAGAAAGGCAAGAUCCCGUGUGGCCGUGCUGGGAAACAGGACAUCACAAAGCCAGAGGCACGUAAAGACAAGAUUGUAGUUGAAGUUAAGUCAGAUAAAGUUUCCGAAGAGGCGGGGCUCCUGCAGGGCGCCAACGGCGAGAAGAGACCUGCCGCUGACCAGAGCGAGAAAUACAUCGAUCUGAGAAACUAGAGAGGAGAAUCUACUAAGUGCUUUCAUCCUUCAAACCUUUUCUGCUCUUGGAUUGACUCGUCCCAACCCUGCCCCAGCGCCUGGGGCGCACGGCCGGAGACGUUUCCCGCAGCGCAGCGCCGAGCCCACGACGCCUGGAGCGACGCCUCCCCGACCGACUGACUGUGUUACCUCAACCGAGGCCUUGCAGGCUGUCGACUCUGCAGCAACAAACUUGGACUUGCUUACUACUACAGAGAAGUCGUAGGUGAUGUUAGAAAGAAAUAGCCUAUUAAGCUACCUGAUGGGAGGACUUGAGCCUUUAUCAGGAAAUCUGUUCUGUAGGAGGGUGGGAGGGUUUUGAUGCAUUUUAGCCAGCUUUUCUGAGCAAUUUUGGGCUAAGUUUUGCUUUUACUCAGAGCUCCCCUUGGGAAGUCCCGAUCGCCUUAGAUGUAGCAGUGUGCAGGUAAGUGGCGUGUGGUGUGUGAGUUACAGCUGGGUUUGCUUGGCUGCCUGGAGGACACGGGAGCGGGGUUAGUUCUUUGCUUUUUCCUUUGGAUGGUUCCGGGCUGGUGGAUUUAGCCCGGCACGUCCUGGCGGGGCCGUGCAGGGAGGGAGCUCCGUGAAGGGCAGCUGUGAUCCUGCUGGAAGCAAGUAAUGGGCGGGAGGAGGACAGGGCAUCAGAGCCCUUGGGCACAUACCCAGCCCUGUGCUUGGAAGUCUGUGCGUUUUAGUUUGUAACGUAGCCUGGCUUAGUGAGGGCGAGGGGGGCCCUUUCCCGUGCUCUCAGGAGCUGGAUCACUUCUAGGGAGGCUGCAUGGCUGCGGGGAGCAGGGGGCCCUGGAGCCCCCUCCGCCCCCAAACUUGAAACUGCGGACUGUUAGGCCAGGACUAGUCAGUGAUGUCUCAGGUUUCCCUGUGCUGAAGAAUAUCGACCUCCAGUAAACUCGGUGUUUUUGUGCUUCAGCGGCACCUCGGGUCCCCCAGCCGUGCUGGUGGUACAGAAACUUCACGGAGGGGAAGGGGAAGCGGCAGACAGCCUGCCUCUAGCUUACGCUGCCGUGGCUCCGUCCCGCUCCUCGCCCUGCAAACACGGCUUUUCCUCCUAGAGAUGUCAACCCCCACCUCACAGCCCCACGUCCUCUCGGUCACGUACCGCCAGCGCUACCCUACGCGCCCAUCCUCCCCGCCUCCAGCUCUUCUGCGCGGGGCCCGGGGCUAACACUGGGUCCCAGGAGAAACGUCCCGGCCGUGCCCGCCCAGCCGCUUCCACUGCCGCUGAGCUGCGCAGCGGCCACGCAGCAACUUGGUGACGAGGGGUGGGCUAUACGCGUGAGCUAGAAGUGUUCUUGAAGCAAAAGCUUUGGUUUAUAUAUAUUUUUGUUGGUUUGUGUGUAAAUUUCAAGAAGUUUUUGUCUGAUAUUUGCAAGGUUUUUUUUUUAUUUUAUAUAUAUAUAUAUAUAUAUAUGUGAAAAUAAAGUAAAAAGUUCAAAGCCUG